AAUUAUUUUUAAGUUGGUUUUAAUUUAAAUAUUUUUACUUAAUCCCUAAAUUUUAAUGAUCUAUUAGUUAUUACUUAUUUUAAUAUUUUGUGUUACAUCACCAUUUAAUCUAUUAAAAAAUGUAAUGAGUUUAUUAAUUGGUAUUUUAAAUUUUCAAUAAAAAUGAAGGCGUUACAAAAUAUUUUUAUAUACCUGUCUCACUGGAAUUCUGUAUAAUUAUAAGGAAAAAAGGAAGUAUCAAUGUUGCCCUAUAAAACAGUACCGCUAUCUGAUAGUAUAGAUGGUUUUGAAAAAUUGGAACUUUUGGGUAAAGGUGGAUUUGCAUGUGUUUAUCAUGCUCAAUGCCGCCGAACUGGCCGUCAAGUGGCUAUCAAAGAGAUUGAUAUUUGGUCAAUGAAAAAGCAGAACAUGAUCGAUCGUGUACGCCAAGAAGUAAAAAUACAUAGUCAACUUAAACAUCCAUCUAUUCUAGAAUUGUAUACAUUUUUUGAAGAUUGCCGGCAUGUUUAUUUAGUAUUAGAACUUUGUCAUAAUGGUGAGUUGCUCCAAUAUUUAAAACGUAAUGGAAACAAAUUAUCAGAAAUUGAAGCUCGUUAUAUUAUAAGACAAGUAGUUGAAGGUCUUUUAUACUUGCAUAAGCAUAAUAUUGUGCACAGAGAUAUGACUUUAACAAACUUGUUAUUAACAAAAGACAUGCGUGUAAAAAUUGCUGAUUUUGGUCUUGCUACUCAAUUAAAUUCUAAGGAUGAAAAACAUAUGACAAUGUGUGGAACUCCAAAUUAUAUUUCACCAGAAGUCGCCACUCGAAGCUCACAUGGACUAGAAACAGAUUUAUGGGGAUUGGGAUGUUUAUUGUAUACUUUGUUAGUGGGACAUCCACCUUUUGACACUGAUGCUAUCAAAAGCACACUCACAAAAGUUGUGAUGAGUGAUUUUAAUUUGCCAAACUAUUUAUCGAACAAAGCUAAAGAUUUGAUAAAUUGUUUACUCAGAAAAAACCCAAGGGAUCGCAUAGAUUUACAAAGUGUAUUAAAUCAUGAUUUUAUGCAAGAAAAAAUUAUUUGUGAUGGACCUUCUAUAUGGUUUCAUCAAUCACAUUUUACUGAAGACAGUGGUUUCAACACAAUUUCAUUUAAUAAGGAAAAAUGUAGUUCUUCAACUGGCUUACAUUAUGUACGUUCAAUUCAUAAUCCUAGUAUUGAAAUUAACCACCACAAUGGAAAUUCUAACUUAAAUGUAUUAUCAGCUUGUAGAGAUUUUCAUUUAAAUACAGAAGCUAAUAAACAAGAAUGUUGCACAUCAAAUAUAAUAAGAAGUUUUCAUAAACACAGUAAUAAUUUCCAGAAUAAUAUGUACCAUAUAGCUCCAUCACAGCAUUCUAAAAAUAGACAAUUUACCGUGUUUGAUGAUAAAUUUCUACAGUCAUUUAAAACCUUUCCUGAAACAAGUUCAUCAAAUAGAAUGGCCGAUUGUUUAAGCACAGUACGCUUGCAAAAACACAGACACAAAACAAAAAAUAAAGUUUUAAGUAUUUUAAAUAAUGGAGAUGUUUGUGUAGAGUUUAUUAAAAUGAAAUCAAAAUCUAAAGAAGAACGAGUUGUAGAAGUAAUACGUAUUUCUUCUGAUGGUCAGCAUAUGGUUAUAUAUAGACCAAAUAAAGAUAGAGGAGUGACUUUGCACGAAGAACCUCCACCUAUACCAGUUAAAGGAGCUGAUGAAGUAUAUAGUUAUGAAUCACUUCCUCAACAUCAUUGGAAAAAAUAUGCAUAUGCUGCUCAAUUUGUCAAGCUUAUUGCUUCUAAGACGGCCAAAGUUGUUUUUUACAGUGAUGAGGCAAAAUGUCUUCUUAUGGAAGAUGGAAAAGCAUUUGAAGCACAUUUUUAUAAUGGAUCCAUGGUAUCAAGUCUUGGAAAUGGAGACAUAAAAAUAGUCGUGAAUGGAAAACCAAAAUCUUUUAGUCGACCAGAAUGUUUAGAUGAAUCAGAUAAAAUAAUUUACAUUCAAUUCAAAAAAUACUAUGAACAUUGUUGCUUAGUUGAAAAAACUUUAUGUACUCUAGAUACAAGUGCUAACAGUGGCGUUACUGUGUUUCCAGUAACACUAGGAAGAAGACCUAUACCAAAAGAUAAAUCUGACAUACCAAUAAAUUGUAAGUUAAAGAGUUCAUUUUUAAUUAAAUCUGGUGAAAUCUGUAUAAAUUAUGGUGAUGGAUCACUAGUAAAACUUGACACGACUACCGGUAAGGUGAAAUGUGUGACAACUCAAGGAGUAGUAAUGGUAUAUGAUCAAAAAGAUAGACAUCUACUACCUGAGUGGGCAAAAAGUUGUCUAAAAGAAAUUCCACAUUUACUUAAGCCAAAUGAACAAACAACAGGAAACUGGAAAUGGGCAAAUAGAUAAUUGUGACUUUAAUUUAAUACUUUUAUUUAUAAUUUUGUAUUAAAGAUAAAUAUUAUUCAAUCGACAAAUUAUUUAGUAAAAAUUAGUCUUCCGUAUUCCAUUAGGUAAUUUAUUACCUAGUUUAAAAUAUAAUGUCUAUGUUAGACAAUUAUGUAAAAUAUUGUAAUUUUAUAAAUAAUUUUCAUUGAGAAUAACAAUGUGUUAAACUAUAAUGUAGUCUAAUUAUUUUGAUAGAUAAUUAGUUUAUCAUUAAUUUAAAGUUAAAAAAUAAUAUCCAAAACAAAAUAAAUUUUUAAA